UUCAACCCGUCAAUCGCGUCAGUUGAGUGAAAAUUCGCGACUGAAAGCAAGCCCAACGCAGUAUCCGGAGCAAAUAAAUUGCAUAAUAUUCAAAUCCUAGUGUGUCCGAAGUGCAGUGCAGUGAAAUGAAAAAUCUUCUGAUAGCUGUUAUCCUGGCUGGUCUAGCAGCUGUAUCAGUGAGCGCAAAUUCAUGCUUCGUUUGCUCCACAAAAACAACCCAGAACUGCCUCUAUCCUGAUAUGAACAUCCUAAUGCGAGAUUGCAAUUCAGUUGCUAAUAACUUCACCUGUUAUUCCCGCAUUGUGGACCGUGAAAUCGAACGAGGCUGUUCGUCCGCUUUGAGUCGCGAGGACUUCGCCAACUGUAACGACGCAACCAAUUGCGAGCUUUGCUACGACGUAGUGAACCAGGGCAGGUGCAACGGUGCGGUUUUUCCGAGUCACAGACUUCACUGUCACCAGUGUGCCGGUCAUGUCAAUGAUACCUGCGGCCAGGAAAUCCAAACUACUGCUCAGUUGUGCCGCCUCUACACACCGGAUGAUCAGUGCUUUGUGAGUGUGGUCGGUGAUCUUGUUGAACGUGGAUGUUUGUCGGAAAGUGACUUCUGCAGGGUGGGUCAAACCUGCCACACGUGUGACGGUAACGGGUGCAACUACAAACACUACGAUGCCGGAGCCAUGAGUGUGAUCAUUUCUCUGAAAACCAUUGCAAUGGCUUUGUUGGCUGCGAUGGUGUACGGUAGUUUUAAACAGUGAUCAAAAAGUCUCGAAGGCCAUUUUCAUGCGAUUUGAAAUCAGAUAUUUAUGUAGUACUAGUUAUAAACUUUGAAUGAAACUAUUGACAAGCGUUUUACGAGUAGGAUUAGAGGUUUCAUUUUCUUGGAAUAAAAGCUAAUGCCAAGCUGAGGGCCGUCAAUCUUU